AUGCGGCUCCCCGUCCGAUCGUUCGCUCUUCUCUCCCUUCUUGCCGCCGUGUUUCUCGUCAUCGCCUCGCCGGCCGUUGCCUCCGAGUAUGAUCACAGGUAUCAAGAAGAUGACAAAGUUACCCUUUGGGUCAACAAAGUAGGGCCGUAUAAUAAUCCGCAAGAAACAUACAACUACUACAGUCUUCCAUUUUGUCAUCCAGAGGGGAAUACUGCUCAUAAAUGGGGAGGUCUCGGUGAAGUCUUGGGUGGAAAUGAACUUAUUGACAGCUUAAUUGAUAUCAAAUUCAGGAAAAAUGUGGAAAAGACAUCUGUGUGCGAGCUUGAACUCGAUGAAGCAAAAGUUAAACAGUUUAAGGAUGCCAUUGAAAGCAGUUAUUGGUUUGAAUUUUUUAUGGAUGAUCUGCCAUUGUGGGGCUUUGUUGGCGAGCUGCAUGCUGACCGAAACAGUGAUAAUAAGCAUGUGCUUUAUACACACAAGAGCAUCAAUGUCCAAUACAACAAAGAUCAGAUCAUCCAUGUGAAUCUCACUCAAGAGAAUCCCAAGCCAUUGGAAGUUGGCAGAAAAUUGGACAUGACCUAUUCCGUUAAGUGGAGUCCAACCAAUGUCACCUUUGCACGUCGUUUUGACGUGUACUUGGACUACCCUUUUUUUGAGCAUCAGAUUCACUGGUUCUCCAUUUUUAAUUCCUUCAUGAUGGUUAUCUUUCUAACCGGGUUGGUGUCAAUGAUACUUAUGCGAACUCUGAGGAAUGACUAUGCUAAAUAUGCUCGUGAAGAUGAUGACCUUGAAACCCUGGAAAGAGAUGUCAGUGAGGAGUCUGGUUGGAAGCUUGUUCAUGGAGAUGUAUUCCGUUCUCCUCGCACAUUAGUAUUGCUUUCUGCUCUUGUUGGCACAGGCGCACAACUAGCGUUGCUGGUUCUCCUCGUCAUCUUGUUUGCUAUUGUGGGAAUGUUGUACAUUGGGAGGGGAGCUAUCGUCACCACUUUCAUAGUAUGCUAUGCUUUCACAUCAUUCAUUUCUGGUUAUGUCAGUGGUGGAAUGUACUCACGGAACGGGGGUAAAAAUUGGAUCAAAUCGAUGAUUCUUACCGCAUCACUUUUUCCGUUCUUGUGCUUUGGCAUUGGCUUUGUGUUGAAUACCAUUGCUAUAUUUUAUGGGUCACUAGCUGCCAUUCCCUUUGGAACCAUGGUGGUGGUUCUUGUCAUUUGGGCGUUUAUCUCCUUUCCUCUAGCACUUCUUGGUACAGUUGUUGGUAGAAACUGGAGUGGUGCUCCAAACAAUCCUUGUCGCGUAAAAACCAUUCCCCGGCCAAUUCCAGAGAAGAAAUGGUAUUUGACUCCAUCUGUAGUUUCCAUGAUGGGAGGAUUGCUACCAUUUGGCAGCAUAUUCAUUGAGAUGUAUUUUGUUUUCACCUCCUUUUGGAAUUAUAAGGUGUACUACGUGUAUGGAUUUAUGCUGUUGGUUUUCCUGAUUCUCAUCAUUGUAACAGUAUGUGUUACAAUUGUUGGCACCUAUUUCUUGCUUAAUGCUGAAAAUUAUCACUGGCAAUGGACAUCAUUCUUCUCGGCCGCCUCAACAGCUGUAUAUGUGUAUUUAUAUUCAAUCUAUUACUACUACGUGAAGACAAAGAUGUCUGGUUUCUUCCAAACCAGCUUCUAUUUUGGUUACACUCUCAUGUUCUGCCUUGGCUUAGGAAUACUCUGUGGGGCUGUUGGUUAUCUUGGUUCUAAUCUGUUUGUGAGGAGGAUCUACAGAAACAUCAAAUGUGAUUAG